AUGAAAGAAUUAUCACGUGAAUAUAUUAGCAGUAAAAUUCCUAUUAUGAUUAUUGCCAAUAAAUGUGACAAAAAUAAGCAUGAAAAUAGAGAUGACCUUUUAAAAGAAGUUAAAAAUUAUUUUGGAGAAGAAUAUUUAUUUGAUAAAACUUCAAUUAAAGAGAAAACUAGUGAUAAACUUAAUAAAAUCUUAGAGGAAUUGACCUCUCCAAGUAACCAAUUCAAAUUUAUGAUGGAAUAUGCAACACGAUUGUAUUCAUUUGAGAUCCCGAAGAAGGUUAUUUAUAAUGGAGAACAAAUAGAAGGAUUAACGAGUGAAGAUAUAAAAUCAUUUUUAUGGCUA